AUGGCGGAGGUCAACGCGUCGCCCCUCAAGCACUUUGUCACCGCCAAGAAGAAGAUCAACGGCAUCUUCGAGCAGCUGGGGGCCUACAUCAAAGAGAGCUCAGUGUUUUUAGAAGAGACUUACAAGAAUGAGGAGUUGGACCCGGUUACCACAGAAGAGCAGGUGCAGGAGGUGUGUGCCUAUCAGGGCAAGGCCGCGGGCAUCGCAGAGGUCCUGGCUCGCAGACACAUGAAGGUGGUCUUCUUCGGCAGGACCAGUAACGGGAAGAGCUCAGUCAUCAACGCCAUGCUCUGUGACAAAGUGUUGCCCUCGGGGAUCGGACACACCACCAACUGCUUCCUGAGAGUGGAGGGCACAGACGGAGCGGAUGCCUUUAUUCUGACUGAAGGAUCCGAGGAGCGCAAGAGCAUUAAGACGGUGAACCAGCUGGCUCACGCUCUGCACCAAGAGGAGCAGCUGGACGCUGGCAGCCUGGUGUGUGUCAUGUGGCCCAAAGCAAAGUGUACCCUGCUCCGUGAUGACCUGGUGCUCCUGGACAGCCCUGGAAUCGAUGUGACCACAGAACUGGACAGUUGGAUCGAUAAGUUCUGUCUGGACGCUGAUGUCUUUGUGCUGGUGGCAAACUCUGAGUCCACGCUCAUGCAGACGGAGAAGUCCUUCUUCCAUAAGGUGAAUGAGAGACUGUCCUGUCCAAACAUCUUCAUCCUCAACAACCGCUGGGAUGCCUCUGCCUCUGAGCCCGAGUACAUGGACGAGGUGCGACGGCAGCACAUGGAGCGCUGCACAAACUUCCUUGUGGAGGAGCUGCACGUUCUGGAGCGAGCCCAGGCCGCUGACCGCAUCUUCUUUGUGUCCGCUAAAGAAGUGCUGCAGGCGCGCGUGCAGAAGGCCCAGGGCAUGCCUGAGACCGGAGGAGCGCUCGCUGAGGGCUUUCAAGCACGCAUGUUUGAGUUUCAAAACUUCGAGAGGAGAUUUGAGGAAUGCAUUUCACAGUCUGCUGUGAAGACAAAGUUUGAGCAGCACACAGUGAGGGCCAAGCAGAUCAGCGAGGCCUUGAGGGGCAUCAUGGAGUCUGUACACGUCGCAGCGCAGGAGCAGAGGAUCUACUGCUUAGAAACCAAAGAAGAGCGCCAAGAGCGGCUGGAGUUUCUUGAUAAACAGUUGGACCUGCUCACUCUGGACUGUAAGACGAGGAUUAAGAAGAUCACAGAAGAGGUGGAAAGACAGGUGUCCAACGCUAUGGCUGAGGAGAUCCGCAAGCUCAACCUUCUGGUGGAUGACUUCCACCUGGACUUUCACCCUUCCCCGGUUGUGCUCAAGGUCUACAAGAAUGAACUUCAUAGGCACAUUGAAAGUGGCCUGGGGAAGAACAUGUCCCAUCGCUGCUCCACGUCCAUCAACUCUGCUCUCCAGGCCACACAAACGGACAUGAUCGAUGGACUGAAGCCGCUCCUGCCUAUAGAAGUCCGGGAGCAGGUGGAUAAGCUGGUUCCUCGUCACUGCUUCAGCCUCAGCUAUGAUCUGGCCUGUGACAAGCUGUGCAGUGACUUCCAGGAGGACAUCGGCUUCCACUUCUCUCUGGGCUGGACCAUGCUCGUCAAGCGCUUCCUGGGUCCGCAGAACACACGGCGGGCGCUGGUGGGCUACAGCGAUCAGGUCCCUCGACCCCUGGCUUUGACCCCGGUCAACCCCAGCAUGGCUCCGUUCCCCCAAAGUUCAGUCACUCAGGAGGAGCUGAUGGUCUCCAUGGUGACGGGCCUGGCCUCCCUCACCUCACGGACAUCCAUGGGUGUGCUGGUGGUGGGUGGAGUGGUCUGGAAGGCAGUAGGCUGGCGCCUCAUCGCUCUCUCCGUGGGUCUGUACGGCCUGCUGUACGUGUAUGAGCGUUUCACAUGGACGACCAAGGCGAAAGAGCGUGCAUUCAAGAGGCAGUUUGUGGACUACGCUAGUGAGAAGCUGCAACUCAUCGUGAGCUACACGGGCUCCAACUGCAGCCACCAAGUGCAGCAAGAGCUGGCCAGCAUGUUUGCUCAGCUCUGCCAGCAGGUGGAUGUGACCAGGCAGAACCUGGAAGAUGAAAUGGCUGACAUGAACCAGAAGAUCGAGCAGCUGGACAGUCUGCAGAGCAAAGCUAAGCUCCUUCGGAACAAGGCGGGCUGGCUGGACAGCGAGCUCAACAUGUUCAUCCAGCAGUACCUCCACCACAGCACGUGA